GUGUGUGCAAGUAGUCAUAUGAGAGAGAUCUGUACACGGUGAUCUUCCCCAGCGGAUUACACAGGACGUUGUGAUACCUGCAUCGAUUCGAGAGUGUGGAUAUUGUGUUGCCUUUUUCAGAUGUGCAAUAUGACUUUUGAGGAAACAAUUGGAGACAACUCUUCAGAACGAAUGGAAUCGGUGGAAAAAGCAUUAGAAGAGGUCCUCAGCUCUGCAUUACCUCAGGGUUGCAUCACUGUCGGAGUGUACGAGGCAGCAAAGUCACUCAAUGUGGACCCGGACAAUGUAGUGUUAUGUCUCCUUGCCACUGACGAGGAACACGUAGAAGACGUUGCUCUUCAGAUCCACUUCACCUUGAUCCAGGCAUUCUGCUGUGAGAACGACAUAAACAUCCUUCGAGUGAGCAACAUGAGGCGUCUGGCAGAGAUUCUUGGUGGAGGGAAACCUGGAGGGGAGCCCAUGGAUCUCCACUGUGUAUUAGUCACUAACCCUCCGUCUACUACUUGGAAGGACCCAGCACUGAGCAAAGUAAACCGGUUCUGCAGGGACAGCCGUUGUCUGGAUCAGUGGGUGCCCGUCAUUAAUCUCCCCGACCGAUGAAACAGCGAGGAUUCUAAAACACUUGUCAAUCAAAACUGCACUCAACAUGUGUAAUAAGCCGCCUUUGUUGGACUUCUUUGAGCAAACCCUGGAGAGUGAGAGGAGAGGCGGGAGGGGGGUGAGGAACAAGAAAACAAGAUCCAACGGUUAAGAAAGAAUGACUCAGCAAGAUGGGUUACAGGUCUACCGAGCAAUGACUGUGCCUCCCAUUAUCGGGAACGGAGUCUGCACAGGAAACUGAAUCAUGUGAGCACGUGGUUUAGUAGCACACGUUCGGGACACCAGAGUGGCCCAGAACAGGCACGUGGACUGGACCAGUCCGGACUCGACUGGUUCCGAAUGGACUGGGCUAGUCCACGCUUUCAACCCUGCUCAAGGAACUUGGACCAAAAGUGGAUACUCUUGAAAAGGGAAAUGUUAUACUCAUGGUAUUCAAAUGUGUUGAUUUAUUUAAAAGGGAAUGUAUUCAUAGGCUAUUACAAGGAUGUUUUUACUUGUCUCGUUAACGUUUUGAAUUCACAUUUAAAUUAAUUUAAGGAAUUGUAUUUAUUGAAUGAAUUUGCUACUUGUUGAAAUGUGAAAUAAAUUUAACUUAACAUAU